CUGAACACAACGUUUACGUUCACCACUGCCAGGUAGCGCGCUCGUGGCCGAGAAAUUGUAUAAAUUGUAUUGUCGUGCACUCAUGUUCAAUAAAUAUUAUCAUAACAUUGUGACCAAUAAUGUCAACAUUAAUAAGAAAAAUCUAUGCGAAUCACCUCGUUUGGGGAUUCACCACUGAAGCAUUCAACUUUGCGAUGUUUUUAUUUAGCUGUCUCGUAGUUUUGUAAACUCUAGUGGGUAUCGGACCGACGAUGAAGUUAAACGCCAGUCGUUUCACAUCACACUCGGAAUACACACCGCAUUAUGUUCCCAAGUCUCACGGUUCUACAGAUUGCACUCGUAGCUCUCACGACGAUAUCCUGUGAAGUGGCGAGAGACAAGAGAGGGCGCCGGAAGAACGACGAACCAGAUAAAUCUUUGUGGAAGAAGGAGUACGAGACGGAACUGACGGAUGCGAUGCUGGCUACCAGGAAGCGGGAGAACUACACCCGGGCUGCACAAGGAGGUCCCUCCAACGAUAACGAUCUUGUCAUAGAGAAAUUGAUGGAAAGCAUAACUUCUAGUGAGAAAUAUUUGAAGAAAGUAGACAGCAUCGAGUUCAGAUUGAACAGACUGGACAUAGAAGUGCAUGAGAAGACUAAUGCCAUACUGAAGCUAUUGAAUGAAAUUUCAAAAGCUCUUCGCAGUGAGUCUUGCUCCCAGAAAAUGGAAUCCGCCUUGAUUGGCUUGAAGAACGACGUGAACUCGAUAAAGUUCUACGUGGAGAAGACUCCAAUGCAACGCACCAAUCUACCUGCAGUAGAAGGUGGCGAGUACCGCUUAGAUUCCAACCUGGAUUCUCGUCUCACGUUCCUGGAGACCCACAUGAAGACUAUACAGGCUGGAGUGGAGUCCAUAGUGUCCACCAUAUCCGAGGUCAAGAACCGGCAGUACUCCAGGACCUUUGCUGCCAAACCGGAGGUUGCGACAUCGUCAGACACCAUGUCUAUCAUCAACGAGUUCAGAAAGACGCUGCGUGAACAGAAAACAAAGAAAUGCGAGUGCAACAGGAGUGGGAGGGUGGAUCGCUCUGAGCGGUAUCCGACAGACUGCCACGAGAUCCAAGUACAAGGGUUCAACGUGUCCGGUAUCUACAAGAUCAGGCCUGAUGAUAUGGAGCCCUUCUACGUGCUCUGUGACCUCACGACCGCGGGAGGUGGCUGGACGGUGUUCCAAAAUCGUUUCGACGGUUCUCAAGACUUUUACAAAGGCUGGAAUGAUUACGAGUAUGGUUUCGGUAAUCUUGCUGGAGAGUUCUGGUUGGGACUGGAGAAGCUCAAUUAUCUGACGAAUCAGAAGCUGUAUGAAUUGAGAAUAGAAAUGGAAACCCAGCACGACCAGGACGCGUAUGCAGGGUACUCCGUGUUCACGGUGGGACCUGAACAUGAAGGGUACAGGAUCAGCACACUCGGCACCUUUUAUGGAACGGCAGGCGACUCUCUCUCGUACCACGCUGGUCAGAAGUUCUCAACUUACGACGUGGAUAACGAUGAAUGGAAGGACGGCGCCUGCGCAACCGAACACGGUGGCGCGUGGUGGUAUAAGGAAUGUGACAAGAGUAAUCUCAAUGGAAAGUACUCGAUGACUACAGAGGAAAACAGAGGACAAUCGAUGUACUGGAUUUCGUUCAAAGGACCGAACUUCCCACUUUCUAAGACUAAGAUGAUGAUCAGGCCGCUACCAGCUAGCAAACCGAUCGACUACAUGGACACAAGCAGGAAAACUAUAGAAGGUCAGCAACUGAGACCGGUGCCCGAAAAAGUUAGAGUAAUACCCAUAAAGUCGGGACUGCGGACACAGAACGUAAAGGGAAUGUACGGCGUAAUCCCCAGCCAGAAUCAGUACCGAUACGACGAGCCGUCGGCAGACGCUUUCUUCCCCAACUACGCGUGAUCCGCGCGGGGACCCCUACUGUUACCGUACUGCACCGUAUGCUAGCCUAGCGUUAUGUAUUUGCCAGGACUUCGUAGCUUUGUUUGUACCUGCGCCCGUAUUAUUGCACUCUGUCUCUCAGCCACCACACAGACCUGACUCCUGGUUCAGUCAACUGGGUUACACGUUCGAGAUCCGACCACCGAGGCGUUGUAACGUAGUGCUGUGUACUAGAUACACUAAGUUUAGCAAGAUACUUUGAUGUCCAAAAUAGGCGUCAUCAGCCAUUUGAAAUGCAAAUUUUUACUUUUAUACUUAGUAGGUAUUUAAUAUUUAUAAAUUUUCAUGAAAAUUGUUUGUUUGUUUGAUGAAUGGAGCUUUUUGGUAGGUAACGUAGUUCGUUUCAGCCUGUCCUGUUUGAGAUCCGAAUAUUCAUGUGCAAUGCAUAUUUGCGACGUGUCAGCGUACCUAGGAACUGUGUGCCUACAGCAAACGAUGGGAAACUAACUUAAUUCUUUUGUUAGCAGGAAUCAGAUAACACUUGAGCGUUGGUAUUAUGGGGCAAUAAGUAUAAGGUGUGUAAUGUAAGCUUAGCUGUGUUUAUCCGUCUGUAUAUUGUACAGCUGUUUGCCAAUAUUCUUGUACACGAAGUCGUCGAAGUUCACGCUAUUAUAUUGCAUUGAAAUGGAACUAGGUUAUUGUAUAUAAAGGUUUUAUAGCGGUUUCGGUUUUAAUCCUCACUUGCCUCUCGCGAGUCCUCUGGAAACUAUAAUUGGUAAUAACUUCCGUAUAUAACAAACUGCUAUAUAAAUCCAGUAACUAGUUUUAUUUUGUAUUGUUUUAUCGAGAGAUUUUAUUGAACUUUAUAUUGUAAAGUAUGCAAUAAAUAAAAAACAUAUAAUAUCAGUCUCA